AAGUUUUUAAAGAAAGUUCUGGCAGCGUCAGCGAAACUAAGAAAAUCCAAGUUGAGGAAUUUGAAUUCGAUCCUGAAAAAGAAAGGUUAAGUAAUUUGUUGGAUAAGUUAUAUAAAGAAGAGGAAGUUGUUUCCAAACAAAGCAACCUAAAUAAAGAAGACUUAAAAACUUUGCAGGAGAUGCUGCAAGAAAGUAUCCAAAAAAAAGAAAGAACUAAAUACUACAUAAUCGAUACUCCCGGUAUUGGCGAUACCAAAAUGUCCGACAAUGAAGUUCUCGAUAUAAUUGCCGAAGCGGUCUAUUUAACCAAAGAUGGAUUAAGUCAAGUGCUAUUUGUAGUAGGUGGUAGAUUCGACCAAUAUGAAAUGGCAACUUAUAAUUUGUUAAGAACUAUUAUUUUUGAUGAGCAUAUUACUGAGCACACCACUAUCACUCGCACUCACUUCGCAGAUUUUAGAAGCAAAGAAAAACGUCAAAAAGACAUUGA